UUUUUGUAAAAUUCUUAUCAAUGAUACCUUUUUGCAAAAAUUGGAAGAGUUGAAAGAACUAGCCAGAACAAAAGCUGAAAAUGUAAAAAAAAAAAAGAAAGCUGCAGCCCAAAAACAGGCAGAGAGAGAAAAACAAAAGGUUGAAGCUAAACAUAGAAAAGAAAAAAAAGCUGAAGCUGAAUGUCGAAAAGAAGAAAAAAUGCAAAAAAAAUUGAGUAAAAAAAAUAAGUAA